AUGGAUAGAACACAGGUUAAUUCUAUCAUUCGUUCGAAGUAUGAAGAACGUCUCGACAAAGCCAUCAACUACUACGCAUCGAAAAUGGUCUUCGCCCAAAUAAUCUUUGCAAGCGCUUUCUCGGCUUCUGAACUUUACUAUGGUGUUGAAUAUCAGGACCAGUGUCCAAUCGAACCUAUGAUGACCACAUUUCUUAUUCUUCAUGGUGCUAUCAAAUUCGUCUGGGUGUUCCUGACUAUUCUCGCUAUCGUCGAUGCGCGAUUGAUCGCUCAAGUGAUGAACAAGAAUGUCCUGGCUCGUCGGCUUAUGUUUAUAAAUCUCACCCUUCAGCCUGUUUUUGCUGCCUGGUUUUUUAUCUGGUUUAUUACUGGAAACUUUUGGGUAUUUCGCACCAAAGAUCGGUAUCAAUCAACCAAUCCAACAGAUACCAGUACAUAUUGUAACGAAGAAGUGUAUCAGGCAGCAUUCUUGUUGAUUAUUAUGACCUACGUUAUCGGUGGUAUCACUUUUAUAGGAACAAUCAGGCGUCGUGUCAUUAGCAAGAAGAUUAAACACGUCAUGAAAAAUAAAACCAAUCCCGAACAUCAGUCGAGGGUACAAAUUUGA